AAGGUGCUAGGCAAGCAAGACGUCGGCUUUCGAUUGGUAGAGCAGGAGCAGGCUUUGCACGCUGUGCUAGAGAAGCAGACGCCGCUUAUUGUCGUGCUUCCAACGGGCGGGGGCAAGAGCUUGCUAUUUACGCUGCCAGCUUGCGUGGAGGAGACAGGCGUAACGGUUGUUGUUGUACCGUACCGAGCGUUGAUUGAAGACUUGGUCGGGCGGAUUCAGCGGUGCGGCGUCGACUGCAUAGAGUGGAAGUACGGCGAGAACGAUCCGGCAUCUGUGGUCGUAGUCAGCGCAGACGUAGCUGGCGAUAUUAAAAGCGGCGGCAACUUUUUGGGUAUGCUUGUGCGUCACGCAACAUACGUACGGGCAAGCACAGUACGGCCGAACGCGCGGUACUUUGUGUCGUGGUGUCAGCGUGGCAAGCUUCAG